GUCAGUAGCUAAGGCUGCAUGACAUAAUGUAACACAAGUGUAGAAAAAGAAUUCUAGCUCUACACUUGCAAUAGCAGAACAUAGCUGAAAAGCUCGCCUGGUUUGGAUUUCAACAGCCUCUUCAACCCAGACUGUGCAGAGUAUUGCUUGUUGGGCUGAUUGACCAGUGUUGAAGCCAAGAGAGCUAAUUUCAUUCUGCAGUAAAUCAUUUUUUUUGCCAGUGGAUCUUCUUUUAAAAGUGGAUUAUAUGGAUACAGUGUUGAACUUAAACAGGUAUUGCCAACCAGGUCUCAGCAGAGAUGCCAGAUAAAACACCAGAGGGCACAGAAACUGCAUCUCAGAAUGAAGAUGAAUACCAUUUGCCUCUUGAUGAUCUAUCAACUGUAAUACAACCUCCAAGUCCCAGGACUAGUGGUGACCUACACUCGGCAAAUAGACAUUUCCAGUAUUGUGGGAUAAAGAACAUGGAGUUGUCAGACGGUGACAGACCAGUUAGCUUUGGAUCUACGUCCUCCUCUACUUCCUCCAGGGAUAGUCGCUGCUCUUUUGGAAGUCGAAUGACCUUAGCAUCAAAUAGUCAUUUGGGCUUGUUUAACCAGGAUAAGGAAGCAGGAGCCAUAAAGCUAGAACUUGUUCCUUCCCAACAUCUUUCAAACAACGACCUUCACAUAAACCAGUAUGGAGAGCAGACUCUUGGAAACUCAAGAGAAAAGCAAGCUGCUGAAUGUCAGCGUUUGUCGUGGAAAGAAUCCAAAGGAUCGGCCACAAAUGGCGCAUUGUCUGAAGAGGUGGAAUCUUCAAGUCCAAAGCUCAUGUAUGUUGAUAGAGUGGUCCAAGAAAUUCUUCAGACAGAGAGAACCUAUGUCCAAGAUCUUAAAAGUAUUGUUGAGGAUUACCUCAAUUGUAUUUCUGACCAAUCGAGACUUUCACUAGGAGCAGAAGAAAGAUCAGCUCUCUUCGGAAAUAUUCGAGAUAUCUACCUUUUCAACAGUGAGCUUCUUCAAGAGUUAGAAAACUGUGACAAUGACCCUGUUGCAAUAGCAGAGUGCUUUGUUUCAAAGAGUGAAGAAUUCCAUAUUUACACACAAUACUGUACAAAUUACCCAAGGUCUGUGGCUGUAUUAACGGAGUGUAUGAGAAAUAAAAUACUUGCAAAAUUCUUCAGAGAGCGACAGGAAGUUUUACAACACUCCCUUCCUUUGGGGUCUUACCUAUUGAAACCCGUUCAGAGGAUUCUGAAGUACCACUUGCUGUUACACGAAAUAUCCAAUCACCUGGAUAAGGACACGGAAGGAUAUGAUGUUGUGCUGGACGCCAUCGAUACAAUGCAACGAGUAGCAUGGCACAUUAAUGACAUGAAAAGGAAACAUGAACAUGAUAUCAGGCUUCAGGAAAUCCAGAGCUUACUCACAAAUUGGAAAGGACUAGACUUGACAAGUUACGGAGAGCUUGUUUUAGAGGGGACGUUCCGUAUUCAGCGAGCCAAAAAUGAACGCACUUUGUUUCUGUUUGAUAGACUGCUUCUCAUCACAAAGAAAAGAGAAGAUACAUACACAUACAAAGCUCAUAUCCUGUGUUGCAAUCUAAUGCUUGUGGAGGUGAUUCCAAAAGAACCACUUAGUUUCAGUGUCUUCCACUAUAAGAACCCGAAGAUACAGCACACUGUGCAGGCCAAGUCACAGCAGGAUAAACGACUGUGGAUUCUGCAUUUGAAGAGAUUGAUCCUUGAGAACCACCCUGCAAAAAUUCCAGCAAAGGCUAAGCAAGCAAUACUGGAAAUGGAUGCCAUACAUCAUCCAGGGUUCUCCUACACUUCUGAAAUAGAUCGCAAAUCCACUGCAAGUCCAAAAGAUGAUUUAGCAUCAUGCAGGAUUAGGAGAAAGUCAGAACCAUCUGCAAACUUACACAAAGUUAUGAAGCCAAAUGAUAUGAGUCCUGAGGCUCGCAAGCGUGUCAGCAUUCAGGGUGCCUUGCUUUGCCAAGCUGCUAAACUGGGAUCUGGUGAAAUCAUGCUUGGAUCUGGGAAAAAGAAAGGAAUUUUACGUCAGAGCAGUAACAUGAGGGACUCCCAAGAUUACUUUGGCAGAGCCUUCAAUGGUGAUGAUUUGUCCUUGAGGGCAGCAGAUCAAACGGAUGCUGAUGAUGAGGAUGAAUAUGAACAGAAUACACAGCCAUGCUCCCAUCAGAAAGUAAAAGGAGGAAGAAAAAGGCUAAACAGCCAAGUAUCAGACAAUGUGGAAAAACGUAGAAGUAUCAACCUCAGUAUUUGUGAAAGCCAGAACUCAAAAGAUCAAUCGGAUGAAGAAGCAUCACUGCUGAAUGCAGAACAGCUGUUUCCCAGUUCUGUUCGUCCCCUGAGUGGACAGCAUAGCACACCACAGAGAAGUGCUUUAAUAAUGAAUAUCCUAGGAGGUACAACUUCUUUGAGGAACAUUUGGACAGAUCACCAAAUUAGACAAGCACUCUUUCCGUCUAGGAGAUCUCCGCAGGAGGAUGAAGAUGAUGAUUACCAGAUGUUUAUGGUGUCCGAUUCUGCUUCUAAACUGGAAUCCUCAAGGUCACAGGAUGAAAGGGGAGCAUCUAGCCGCCCCUGUAGCUGGCACCUUGGACAAAUGCAAGCCGAGAACACAUCAAGUUCCUUCUGCAAAGUUGUAAGACGAGCAAGUAGUGUUGGGGAAAAUAAAUCCCAUUCUUGUAAUCUAAGAACCAGGCAAAACUAUCAAUCUUCUCGGAGUGAACAUUUAACAAGUUCUUAUGAACAUUGUGAAAAAAAUACAUCUCGGGGUUCUUCAGAGGAGCUGACUAUUGAUGACAUUGAACAUGUAUAUGAUAAUAUCAGUUAUGAAGAUUUGAAGCAGAUGGGACUCCUAAGAAAAAACAAUUCUGAUUUCCUUACUGUUAAUACUGCAAGUAAUUCCACUAAUCAAUACGGUGACCAUGUAAAUGAUAGAACUUUUAAAGGGCGUGGUGAUAAUAAUAGGGCCACUCUGGUGACAAACAGAGAAACAUUGUUUAAAAGAGGCAUAUCCCAUUCUAACUCUCAGGAGCUCCGGAUCAUUGAAGAAAACAUCUAUGACUCAAUUUGCCUGCCUGAGCAGUCACUUGAACAAAUAAAACAGAAUCCAAGUUCUAAAAGAAACAAUUUUUUGAGUAUAGAUUCCGAUUUUCAGUGUUAUGACCAUUUAAAUCAAUUUGUUUCCGAAGAAUGCCUGCACUUUAGUGAAGAUGAAUCCUUGGACCACCGUGUACCCACAGGAGAUGCAGAAUAUUUUAAUUUGGUGGAGAGUUCUAUAAACUCUGAUUCAGCAUCACACAAGUCUGCAGCUGAUAAGUUGUCUGAAGAAGUAGAUGAGAUCUGGAAUGAUUUGGAAAACUAUAUUAAAAAGAAUGAGGAAAAGAAAAAUGAGCGUCUAUUGGCAUCUUUUCCUGUUGGCAAAGAUGAUGUACGUGAAAGGCGUCAUACAGCAACUCUUUCUAAUUUUUACAAGGAUGUAGAUUAUUCGCGGUCUUCAUUAUGUCUGCCACAAAAGCCACACACACCCACUUCUUUAAUGAUCAAUUCACCAAGAGCCAGAAAAGUUGAUAUCAGUUGUGAAACACCUGCUAGCAGCUCCUUACUAAGUCUAAAGAGAACUUCCAUUACCAGUGAGCUAACGUUUGUGGAAGCUCCAUACUUUGCCUCUCAAAAUGAUCUUUCAUGUUCUCAAGCUCUGAGUGUUGCUCAGGGUUUGGAUAGCAUUGAUAAAUCAAAAAACAAGGUCUUUACAAUGGCUCGUCAAUACAGCCAGAAAAUUAAAAAGGCCAACAAUCUUUUAAAGAUAAAAAGCCCAGAGCAAGAGCAGCCAUCUUGCAAACCUUACAAAAUGAAACCAAAAGAUCUUGCAGCAAUCAUGGAAGAGAAGAAACAAGGAGGACCUGCUAUUGGUGCAAGAAUCGCAGAAUAUUCCCAACUGUAUGACCAGAUUAUCUUUCGCGAUUCUCCUACAAGAAUGCAAAAGGAAGGCAAAGGCAGUUUAAAAGAUUCCCCAUCAAUAAAGUCAAUUCAACAACCUGCAUCACUUCCGGUCACUGAACACCACAGUAAAUGUUUGCAAACCAACAACUUUAAUGGAGAUUUUACAGAUUUUUUUACCUGGCCUGAUGGUAAAGACUUAAAAUCAAAGUCUGACUUUUCUGGAAACGGUCCCAGAAGUCACCAAAGGAACAUGACAAGUGCUUGCUCUGUGCCAUCAUUGAUCAAAUCCACCCCAAUAGCUUUACAUACACAGCGAUGGAGUACAAUUAGCCAAAAGAAUAAUGAAGAUACACAUCAAGAUAACAUGUAUAAUUCACUAGGAAGGAGAGUAGUUUGUGAACAAACACAGCCUUACAUUCUCUCACAGUCGUCCUCUUCCAUGUUCAGUCCAAGGAAGGAGCUUUCCAUCAAACUUCCCAAUAACUCUCCUGUCCAUGAAUCUCCGUGUACGUUAAGAACUGUGAAGAAGCCAGAUCUUUGCAAUACAGGUGACUUCCAUUUAUCUGAACAUGUUCCAGUAUCUCGGGAAGACAACCCAGAGAUGACUUUGCAAGACUCUCAUAAAAUCCUGGUGCUGAACAAGCUCUCCUCUCUCAAUGCUCAGAUAGCUACUCUAAAUUACUUUGCUAACUUCAAAGAUACAGAGGGUGAUGGAGAUGAUGAUGACUAUGUGGAAAUAAAGUCAGAGGAUGAAGAUGAUGUGCAGGAAACUGCUUCCAGUCAAACAAAGUUAGGUAUCCAUGGCAAAUCUGAACAUUCAUUGUCUCCGUGUAGCGCCAGGACUCCUUGCUCUCUUAGCAGGCCCAACACACCAGUAAAUUCUUUAAAUGGAAAAGAAACAUCCGAACUAGUAGCUUAUGAGGACCCUGACAAAAUAAACGACUACCUUUGGAGAACACCAUCUUCUAAUCCGCAAAAUAUUGUGCAAUCACUAAGAGAAAAGUUUCAGUGUCUCAGCUCAAGUAGUUUUGCUUGAACGUGUAUUUCCUUAUAACGAAAAGUUGUACUAUAAAUUACUGUUUUUUUAGUUUAGACUAUACAUGCACUGUUUGCUGCAUUUUAUGUUCAGCGUCCUAAAUGUAUGGCACCAUAUUGUUUACAGUUCACAUUUGAAAGCAGCAAAGUAUAGUGCUCCCCCCAUUCCUCUGCCAUCUACAAAAAUAGUUUU